AUGGCUCCUGGAAAUCACGAGUUCCUCGUAGAGGCCGAGUCCUUUGAUGAAUUCGGCGGCUGGGUCUUGGAUUCCCAAUUCGAGCUCGAAAUGGGAUCGCCGUACCUUCUGGCUCAUGGCAACGGGACACCAGUGGCUGAUGCUACAACCACUGUCAAAGUAUCAGAAUCUGGCACGUACAACAUCUGGGUUCGUGCCAAGGACUGGGUUCCUGACUAUCAUCCCGGGCGAUUCAACGUUGUCAUCAAUGGAAACGCCCUUGAUACCACCUUUGGAGAUAAUAACAAAGAUUGGAAUUGGCAAUUCGGAGGUCAGGUAAAGCUUUCUUCAGGCUCACUAAAGCUUGCGCUGCAUGACUUGACCGGAUUUUGCGGCCGCUGCGACGCUCUUUUCUUUAGCACCGCCGACGCUCCUCCUCCCGAGGCGGCGGAUGAGAAGCAACGCUCGUGGCGAAGGCGGCUAAGAGGACUUCCAAACGAGCCGGUUGAUGCGGGAACCUUUGAUGUUAUCGUAGUAGGAGGCGGAGUGCCCGGCAUCACCGCUGCUCUGGCAUCGGCACGUUUGGGACAGCGCGUGGCCCUCGUUCAUGAUCGUCCGUUUUUGGGUGGCAACGCAAGCCCAGAGAUUGGACUGCACCCACGAGGAAAAGUCGGACGGCUCGUCGAUGAGAUAUAUGAGCGCCGUGAGAAUGGUGACUUGAUUGCGCUUCAAGUACUCCAGGCCGAGUCUAAUGCGACGGUCUUUACGGAUCAUACGGUUUAUUCAGCCGCAACCGUCAAAGGAAAGAUUACUUCAAUCGAUGCCCGUGAUGCUCGGAGCGGACGUGAAAUUCGCCUCUCUGCAUCAAACUUUAUCGACAGUUCAGGAAAAGCCAUCCUUGGAAUCUUCGCAGGAGCAGAAACUCUGUUUGGACGCGAGUCCAGGGAUGAGUACGGCGAAAGUCUGGCACCUGUACAGGGUGACCAGGCACAUCAUGGCAACACGCUAUUCUUUCGUACUAAAAUGGCAUCAUCGCCAGUUUCCUUUCCAGCCGUGCCCUGGGCCACAGAAGUGUCCAAAGAGUUCUCCAACCUCUCUGGUCAGCUUGUCAAGUAUGGAGAAGAGAAUGGCAAGGGUCCUCGUAUCGAAGACGGCGUUAGCCCAACAGCUCGCCCACGCAUGCGGAAAGAAAUGACGCACUAUUGGGAAUAUGGCCAAUUCCUCGACCCUUAUAAGAAAGGAGAGCAUAUUCGCGAUCACCUCCUGCGUGCCAUUUACGGCACGUUCUCUAAUGUCAAGAGGAUGGAGCCCGAAAAGUAUGCCAACCUUGCGCUAGACUUGGUUGCUUUUGUGCCCGCCCAGGGAGAAUUCAGGAGGCUCAAGGGCGAUUAUGUUCUUACGGAAAAUGAUGUCCGUAAUCACAAAAAGUUUCCCGAUGCUGUUGUGCAGAACGAAGGAGCAUUUUGUCUCCAUAUUCCUGGUAACCAAGAUUAUGAUUUCCGGCUUCAAGACUGGGAAUGGGAUGAAAGGGAUGGAAAGCCCUACGACAUUCCAUUCCGCUGUCUCUACUCUGCAAAUAUCAGCAACCUGAUGAUGGCGGGGAAGCACAUCAGCGUAACCCACGUUGCUUCAUCAAACACCAAGUUUAUGGGUAACGGAGGGCAACACGCCGUGGCCGUUGCGGCAGCUGCCCGGAUAUGCACAAAAUAUAAGACAACGCCCCGAGGUGUUUGUGAGAAGCACAUAGAUGAGCUGAGGGAUUUGAUUAACAGGCUCUCGGAAGGCGAUGCCCCUGUACGCUCUAGCCACUUGUAA